UAGGUGAUUAAUCUAUUUUUGUGAUAUUACUACAUGAUAAUUACAGAAAUACUAUAAUGAAAAUCACCUGUGGUGUUGAAGUAGGAAAUCGCAAUGCAUCUUCUGUGAAAAAUAAAAAACAUAGUGUUGCUACUUUAGCAUUAUGUCCUAAGACUAAGAAGAAAGAACUUCAAAGUGAUGAGGAUAUUUACCUCAUACUUUGCACUCACCAGAGUCCAAGGGGAACAAAAUACAAAAUUUUCAACAAUGUAGAUAAAUUGUUCACCAAGUUUAUCAAUGAAGGAAAAGCUACAAUAAGAUUUAAAGCACCUCCUCAUGAUGUUAUUAUUAGUAAGGCUGAUCCUCUUCAAUUGAAAGCUUUUCUUCAUGGUGUUGGCUUAACAAUCGUAGGACAGGCCAGCAAAAAAAUCCGCUUCUCUCAGCCUCCAACGAAGGUGGACAGACCGAAACAAAAAUUGGCCAUCAUGAAACGAAGUGAUUACCCUAUCAAAAAUGGAUUUCCAGAUAGUCUCACUUGGCUGCAAGUGCAAGGUUGCCAUUUGCGUAAAAUUGGUCUACAUGUUUUAAGACUAAAAAACCUUCAGGUUCUUGAUUUAGCCAACAAUUGUUUAAAAGAACUUCCUUUAGAACUUGGUGACAUCCGAUUGAAAGAACUUGUUUUGCAUCACAAUGAUCUGAAAUGUUUUCCUCCUGAACUAGCAACAACAAUUCGUUGUCUUUCACCCUACUUUUGUCUCAUGAAAAAGAUCAUCAUAUUGUCCCUAAAAGGCAAUGGUCUUCAAAAUCUCCCUCACAACAUCCAUUGCUUAGAAUCUUUGAGAAUGUUCAGUGCAUCUCAUAAUGAGCUGAAAGUACUCCCAUUUGGAAUUAGAAAACUACAACUGGACAGUUUAGAUUUAUUUCACAAUCCCUUAGAUACUGAUGUUGUUUUGAGGCCUAUGACUCCCUGGCAAUUGCCUUCUUUACUAGAAUGUGCUGCAUCAGCUGUUGUCACUCAAAAUGUUUCCUACACAGCUGAAGAUCUACCUAAGAGUCUUAUUGAUUACAUAACUGAGCAGUGUCCCUGUCCCUGUGGAAAGAAAGUAUUUCAAAAUGUAUCAUCCUGUAUACUCGUACUGGAUCUGUACAAAUUAGCUUCAACUGUAGUUUAUAUUAACAACACAAGUCGUUUUAAAGUUCCCCUUGAAGUCUAUUUUUGCUCAACAAAAUGUUGGAAGAAAUUCUACAGCUUCACUGCUAAUCAAAGGAACUAACGACGUCAUCUGCAUUUAAGAGCUGAAAAUUUUCUAUUUCAAGCUUUACAAUAUUCUCAUAAUUACUUUUGGAAUGGAGUUACUUUCAUCGGGAAGCUUCUCAUAUAUAGUCACAUUGUUAAAAAUAUUUAGUCAUUUUUAUUGAGUUCUUUUUUUCCUCUUUGUGAUUUAUUUCUAUUUAGGUUGAAUUAUUUCCGCAUUGGAAGUGUGCUAAAAGUAGUGCACUAAAACAAUAUAAACAAAGUUGAAUUAAUAACUUAAAAUUAAUUUGCGAAGAAGGGGACUUCUCUCUGAGAUAAAUACAUGUUUGAUUUAGUAAAUCAAAUUAAAACUUGGGAACCACAUAAAUUUUCUUUCAACAGCAAGCAAAAUAAUGAAUUGUGUUGAACUCGAAAUGUUGGAUAUCUGUAUUUAUUCGUACUAUACAAAAUAAGAAUUAGAUGAAAUGAAAUGUCUGCAGAAAAUACUCUGUUGCUCAUUAAAAGUAAUAUACACAUAGCUGUAUUAAUAAUAUAUACUUAGAAAUGUAAUGUAGCUUCUCCACAUACUAGGAUUGACUCUGUUACUCAUUAAAUUCGAAUUGACUCUGUUCCUCAUUGAAUUAGGAUUGAUUUUGUUACUCAUUAGGACUCUAUUA